AUGACCGCCCUCUUCGACUGCCUCAUCGUCGGCGGUGGCCCUGCAGGCCUCGCUGCCGCCCUGGGCCUCUGCCGCGCCGUCCGCACCGCCGUCGUCUUCGACUCGCAGACCUACCGCAACAGCCUGACGGAGCAUAUGCACAAUGUCUCGACCUGGGACCACCAGCAGCCAGCAGACUACCGCGCCGCCGCCCGCCGCGAGCUCACCGAGGGCCGCUACGAGACUGUGACGCUGGCGGACGUGGCGCUGCGCAAAGUGUGGAAGCUGGACUCGGGCGAGUUCGAAGCCACCGACGCCGCGGGGAAGACCUGGAGGGGGCGCAAGCUGGUGCUGGCGACGGGCGUGAAGGACGAGAUCCCCGAUGUCCCUGGAUACGCUGACUGCUGGCCGCGAUCGAUCUACCACUGUCUCUUCUGCCACGGCUUCGAGGAGCGCGGCGCUGACUCUGUGGGUGUUCUCGCCAUCGGCCCAGUCGCCAACCCAAAGCCCGCUGAGCAUCUUGCUCGCAUGGCGCACAACCUGGCAAAGACGGUCACGAUCUACACGAACGCCAACGAGGAGCUCGCCGAGCAGCUCCGUCCCGCCGUCGAGAAGGACGAGUGGCUCAGCCUGGACACCCGGGCCAUCAAGCAUCUGCGCAAGACCGAUGGCAUCCCCGUCAACGUCGAGCUGCAGGACGGGACCAGCAAGACCGAAGGCUUCCUCGUCCAUGCGAUGAAGACGACUCCCGUGCUCGGGUUUGAACAUAACCUCGAGCUCGAGCUGUCUCCCCAGGGCAGCGAGUUCAAGACCACUGUUCCCUUUAACGAGACGACGACCCCUGGAUGCUUUGCUACCGGAGACUGCGGCAUGCCCCUGAAGGCCGCCGGCAUGGCGAUAAGCCAUGGCUCCUUGACGGCCGUCGGGGUUGUAUCCCAGAUUGCAUUUGAUGAAAAGGCAUGA